UAUAAUAUCUUAUUUUCUGGCCAAUUUUCGUCGUAAAUUUUAUUAAUUUUGAUGAGCUUCUUUGGCCUAGUUGGUGAUUAGUGCAAGUAAAAACAACGUUUUUUCUUCACUGCUUUGCCCUACGUUUCGCUAAACUCCUUAGCAUCCUCAGGGGCCAAUUUUCAUAUACGUAUAUUUGUUAACAUAUAAACACAUAAACAUAUAAACACUAAAAACAUAAACACUUAAAAGCUAGAGCAUUGUACCAUUAUCGUUUGAUACACUUGUCAUACUAACAUAUAAACACAUAAACAUAUAAAACAUAGUGUUUAUAUGUUUAUGUGUUUAUAUGUUAACAAAUAUACGUAUAUGAAAAUUGGCCCCUGAGGAUGCUAAGGAGUUUAGCGAAACGUAGGUCAAAGCAGUGAAGAAAAAACGUUGUUUUUACUUGCACUAAUCACCAACUAGGCCAAAGAAGCUCAUCAAAAUUAAUAAAAAAAAAUUUAAUAUGUUCCAAAUAAAUAAUAUUUAUUAAUUCUAAUAAAUAUUUAUUAAUGUAAUCUUUAGAGAACCAGCCACAAUGCAGCAACUGCGGCGAAGUCAUAAAAAAACUUGAAGAAAUUAACGACACAUUGCAAAUGGAAAAUGAAGUUAUUCGUGGACAACUGAAGAUAGUAAUGGAAACCUUGGCGGACCAAUCUGUUUAUUUAAAGCGGCUCCUGCGGGAAAAGGAGGAAAAGUUAUCGUUACAAUCAAAUUUUCCAAUAAAAUUAGAAGAUGAUUUACAACGGAUAAAUCAGGAAGUAUCUAAAAACAUGAAUCAAUAUGUCUUUGUAAUGAAGAUGUUGCUGAAAUCGGGUAUCCAAAAAAGUUUAAAAAACAUUAUUGCAGACGAGCUUGUACUGGAAUACAAUGUUGACGGGGUGCAGGGGAAAAAGUCACUGAAAAAUCAUGCUAAUUUUUAUAAUGCUUUGUUAGCCUCAAUUCCAAUAAGCGAAGGUCCCCCCGAAGAGCAAUUACGAAAGAGUCUAAGUCUGCAAAAGAAGAGAAUUUUCAAAAAUGUGUGCAUUCAAAAAUCAAAAAUGAGUUCAAACAUAUAGAUAUAUAUUUAUGCAUAUUGAUUGAAUAUACAUAUGUAGAUAUAUGUAAGAAGGUAUGUGCAUGUACAAUAAGUUCAAGUAGU